ACCCCGAUUUAGUCCCCUGAGACGCCGAGCUGCUGUGCUCUGCCGAAGAAGGAACCAGAGCCAGCCGCGGGCUGUCGGCUGAGGCCCUGCUGUGGGCCGAGAUGCGUGUAGCGACUGAGUCUCUCGGCAGCCCCUACGAAAGAGACCGCUGGACCUCCAGUUUGCAGAGGGGGAAACUGAGGCAUCAGGAAGUGGGGUAGCUCUCCAAGGUCAUGGGCAGCGUCUGCUGUGACCUUGUAACUGCUGGCCUGGCUUGUGGACACCGCAGGGCUUGCUGGAAGGGGCACACCUCCUGCCUUCCCCGCGGGUGGCCCAGGGCCGGUGUGGGUCGGGCUGGAAGGUGAGCCUGGGGGGGUGGACCUCAGCUCCCGUCAAGAUGUCCGUGCUAGCAGAUGGCCCUGGAGGGGUGGUGAGGGUCCCUCCCCAGCGGUGCCCCCGGGCCGGGGGUUAUGGGUGGGUGGGUCCCUGUUCCGCAGUGGAGACCGAGGGUUACCUGAGCGGCCUCCACAAUCCUCACUGUGGAAUUUCAGCACCUGCCAGGUGUCGGGCCUGUCCACGGCUGGGUGCAGGUGUUUCCAGGCCCCUCCCCCUCAUUGGAGGGGUUAGGGCCAUGGCUAUCGCAGAGCUGAGAAUACCAGUGACAGGUGUCGGGAGGCAGGCAGGGAAGAAGGCCAGCAGGUGGCAGGCAGGGGACGUGGCCAGCAGGGCCCGAGUCCUCUGGACCACAGAGUAGGCUGCCAGGGGCCGGGGUGAGGCCAGCCCAGGGCACCCCCGGGCCUAGUUAGGACCCUGGUCAGCGCGGGCGAGCUCAGGACCACGGAGAGCUCCGUGGUGCCUCCUGUCACCCUGGUGACAGCUGUCAGUGUGUCUGGGCCAGGAGCUGCCUCACGCUCCGCCAGCCCCACACUCAGCCUGGGGCUUGCAGAGGGGGCCUGGCAGGGGCCAGCAGGGCCCUUAGUCUGAGGUCAUGGCUGGGUCAUUGUGAUGGCUGGUUUUAGGUGUCACCUUGACCAGGUUAAGGAAGCCUCGGCAAAGCGGGGGAGCAGGUUCUCUCCGCUGCGCCUGGGGCAGGGCCACUCUUGUCUUGGAUGCUGAGACUCCAGAUUGAGACCAGCAGCCCCGGGCUGUCAGACCUUUGCCCUGAAUCUGGGAGGGACACUUCCUGCUUCCGAGGCUGCGGACAGUGAGCCACGCUGCUGGUGUCCCGGGUCUCCACCUCGCAGGCGGCUCUGUUCCUGGGACGCCCCAGCCUCCGUGAUCAUGAUGAAGAUGAGACGCUACAAGCUCUUCCUCCUGUUCUGUAUGGCCGGCCUGUGCCUCAUCUCCUUCCUGCACUUCUUUAAGACCCUGUCCUACGUCACCUUCCCCCGGGAACUGGCCUCCCUCAGCCCCAACCUGGUGUCCUGCUUCUUCUGGAACAAUGCGCCCGUCACGCCGCAGGCCAGCGCCGAGCCGGGCGGCCCCGACCUGCUGCGCACGCCGCUCUACUCACACUCGCCGCUGCUGCAGCCGCUGCCGCCCAGCGCGGCCGCCGAGGAGCUGCACCGCGCCGCCUUCGUGCUGCCCGAGGUCACCACCGAGUACUUCGUGCGCACCAAGGCCGGCGGCGUGUGCUUCAAGCCCGGCACCAGGACGCUCGAGAGGCCGGCGGCGGGGGCGGCGGCGGCGGCGGCGGCGGGGCGGCCCGCCGAGAGGGCCGAGGGCGGCGGCGCGGGCGGCGCGGGCGCAGGGGCGGCGGCUGCAGCCGGGGCGCGGGGCGCGGCGGCGGCGGCGGCUGCGGGGCGGCGGCCCCCGCGGCCCGUGCUGAGCGCGCGCGGCCCGCGCCGCAAGUGGGUGGAGUGCGUGUGCCUGCCGGGCUGGCACGGGCCCAGCUGCGGCGUGCCCACCGUGGUGCAGUACUCCAACCUGCCCACCAAGGAGCGGCUGGUGCCGCGCGACGUGCCGCGCCGCGUCAUCAACGCCAUCAACGUCAACCACGAGUUCGACCUGCUGGACGUGCGCUUCCACGAGCUGGGCGACGUGGUGGACGCCUUCGUGGUGUGCGAGUCCAACUUCACGGCCUACGGCGAGCCGCGGCCGCUCAAGUUCCGCGAGAUGCUCACCAACGGCACCUUCGAGUACAUCCGCCACAAGGUGCUCUACGUCUUCCUGGACCACUUCCCGCCCGGCGGCCGCCAGGACGGCUGGAUCGCCGACGACUACCUGCGCACCUUCCUCACGCAGGACGGCGUGGCGCGCCUGCGCAACCUGCGGCCCGACGACGUGUUUAUCAUCGACGACGCGGACGAGAUCCCCGCGCGCGACGGCGUGCUCUUCCUGAAGCUCUACGACGGCUGGACCGAGCCCUUCGCCUUCCACAUGCGCAAGUCGCUCUACGGCUUCUUCUGGAAGCAGCCGGGCAGCCUGGAGGUGGUGUCGGGCUGCACGGUGGACAUGCUGCGGGCCGUCUACGGGCUGGACGGCAUCCGCCUGCGCCGCCGCCAGUACUACACCAUGCCCAACUUCCGCGCCUACGAGAACCGCACCGGCCACAUCCUGGUGCAGUGGGCGCUCGGCAGCCCGCUGCACUUCGCCGGCUGGCACUGCUCCUGGUGCUUCACGCCCGAGGGCAUCUACUUCAAGCUCGUGUCCGCGCAGAACGGCGACUUCCCGCGCUGGGGCGACUACGAGGACAAGCGCGACCUCAACUACAUCCGCGGCCUCAUCCGCACGGGCGGCUGGUUCGACGGCUCGCAGCAGGAGUACCCGCCCGCCGACCCCAGCGAGCACAUGUACGCGCCCAAGUACCUGCUGAACAACUACCAGCAGUUCCGCUACCUGCUCGACAACCCGUACCGGGAGCCCCGGGCCACGGCGGCGGCGGCGGCGGCGGCGGCGGCGGCGCGGGGCCGAGUGGACGCGGUGGGGGGCUAGGGCUGCGUGGGCUUGCGGCACCCGCCCCCGCGGCGGCGUGGCGUGGGGUGGGGUGGGGUGGGGUGGGGGCUGCCUCCUGCUACCGCCCUGCCCCCUCUCGCACCCCCCCCUCCCCAGCCUUGCCCUCCCCAUGGGUCCCGAGAGG